CCGCGGCCUUCGUUAGAGCUGGAGGCGGCUCUGGGUCCGCCCCUCGCCCCCUCCCGGGAGGCAGCCCUCGAGGGGAUUUUGGGUAUUGAUUUUAAAAACCCCCACGCUUUUACCGUUUCUCUCGCCAUUUUUAGGUGUAACUUGCACAUAAUUUGCGGUGGGGUUUUUUUGGUUUUUUUUCUUAGCUCUGCUUCCCCAGCUGAAGCCCACCGCCGGUAGGUUUUGCACCGUCACCGGUGACGUGGUUGCGAUUAAAAUGCUGUCGCUGGGAAAGGAGGAGACGGUGCGCCGAGGAAGGUGCACUCUCACAACCUGAAAAAAUGCUCGAGUAAAUCCCGCCUUUCCCCUCUCCCCUUUCACAGCCAGUCUCCAAAAUCCAUCAUGGAUUAUCUCUCUAAACCCGGGGUCCUCAGUGUCAUUGCCGGAGUUGCGUGCGGAGUGUGCCUAGGAUGGGGCAUUCGCGGGAGACUUUUAAGACACUCCAAAGCUGGAGUGACGGCGCCUGCCGACAACCUGGGGAGCAAAGCUGACAUCAUGGGAGAGUCCGGGGAGUUCAAGAUGGUGCUGAUUGUCCGCAACGAUUUGAAGAUGGGAAAGGGUAAAGUAGCAGCACAGUGUUCCCAUGCUGCUGUUUCCGCCUACAAGCAAGUUCAGAGAAGAAAUCCUGAACUCCUGAAACAGUGGGAGUACUGCGGACAACCUAAAGUGGUCCUCAAAGCUCCUGAUGAAGAGACUCUGAUCCAACUCCUGGCUGAUGCUAAACACCUCGGACUGACUGUGAGCUUAAUACAAGAUGCGGGUCGUACUCAGAUAGCUCCAGGCUCCCAGACCGUCCUUGGUAUUGGACCGGGACCAGCUGAUGUAGUAGAUAGAGUUUCUGGUCACCUAAAACUCUUCUAAACUGAGGACCAAAGAAAUCUGAAUGCAAUGGUGUAUGUCAGUAAUGAAGGCAUAAAACCCAAGUUUGGGGAUUUCUCCAUAUGUUCCCUCAGUAUAAAUAAAAUA